AGGCACCCAACCAACCGGGCUGGACAAGAUUAAAAAAAAAAAAGAGAAGAGAAGAGCGGAGCAGAGAAGAGUGGAUCGAGAAAAAAUGGGAUGGAGAUGGGUAGAAGCAGUAUUGCCAUUAGGAAUCAUAGCAGGAAUGCUUUGCAUAGCUGGUAACGUUCAGUAUGUCAUCCACACGAAAGCUCAUGGCCGUCCUAAGCACAUCGGCAACGAUAUGUGGGACGUCGCUAUGGAGAGAAGGGACAAAAACCUCAUCUCCUCCUCCUCCUCCUCCUAGUCUGGAAGCCUUUCCUACAGACUCCAGAAGAGAAAUAAAGUGCGCAUCUGACAUCCCAGUUAUCUAAGGAAGUCCUAUGGGCAGUAUCAGCUUGAUCUUCCUUUUGUUUUGCAUAUGAAUUUCUGUCAAGCAGUUGAUCUCAUAAGACAAAUUUUCAGACUCCUUAUCCUCUGUUUUUAACUAUGGGAAUGAAAUUGGCUUUUUACA